AUGAACUCACCUCUUCAAUCACCAACAUCACCAUCUUCCCCCUCAUCAUCCUCCUCAUCAUCAUCAUCAUCAACUCAAACCACAACAACAAACCUUAACAACUAUCCACCACCACCACCAGACACCAACACCACCAAUAAUAUCUUUAAUUCGCCAAAACCUCAACCCUCACCAACACCAUAUGACAUGUCCACACCACCAGACCCAACCACCAACAACUCGACUCUGACAACAACAACAAUCGAAACAUCAUCAUUAUCAUCAUCAUCAUCAUCAUCAUCCCAUUCGACAUCGAAAGGUACUUCUACUACUUCUACUACUACAAACCCUUUAAUUAAUCAUUCCAAAAUAGAUGGAGAUUCACAACAACUUAUUUCACCAACUCAAAACAAUGAAGACAAAACUUUAAAAUCAAUUUCAAAUUCACAACAAAUAGUUUCCAAUAAUUUAAAUUUAUCCUUGUCCUCUACAACUGUAAAUGACCUCAACAACAACAACAAUCACAUCAAUCAUAUAAAUCAUAUAAAUUCAAAAUUUUCACAACUUUUAGAAAACCCAUCAUCAUCAACAUCAUCUACGAACGUCUUUGAGGAGGAUAAUAAUAAUAAUAAUAAUUUACUGGCAGUUGAAUCAACAACCACUACAUCUACGAUUAGCACCACUGGCUCAUCUACAACGCCAUCAUCGACCAUUCCCAAUAGUCCAUUAUCACCCUCCUCCCCUUUGAGUUCAUCGUCGGAUACCACAUCAAAUUCACAUCUUCAAAACAUCAACAACAACAACAUUCCACUUAAAAAUUUAAAAGCUUCCAAAACAAAUCCAACUAAAAAAAGUUCAUUUGGAAUUCAAGAUAGAGAUGUUUUGGAAGCAUUAUCCAUUUCAACAUUGUAUGUCACAAAUUUGGAUACAAGUAUGAAUAUAAAUCAAAUUCUAUCUGCUUUUAGUGCAUUUGGUCCACUCGAUUACAAUGAUUGCGUUUUCAUCAAUAAUUAUGUAUUUAUAAGAUUUAUUCACAGGUCAGACGCUGAGAAGGCUAUGGCAAAAUUAAACGGUGUAUAUUUAGGUAUUAAUCAAAUUCACAUAAAAUGGGGUGACUCUUUUGAUCAGAGGACUUCUAUUCAUUUAACUUUUGAUCCAACAAAUGCAUGUUUGGAUCUACAUAAACAUAUUUUUUUACAUUGCCGAGAUUUCGGUAAAAUCAAUCAUUAUAAUAUCCCAAAGAAUGAAUUGGGACAGUAUGAGGGGUUUGGAUUUGUCCAUUUCAAGGAUUCCGAGAAUGGACAGUAUGCAGCCAAAAAGGCAUUAGAGUUUUUUACAAACAACCCCGUUCAAGGGUUGACUAUUCAUUGCUCCUACUCUAAAAAAAAGUUGGCUAGUAUUAGUCAAGCUACUGGUCAUAAACCAAAGAAAUCUGCUUCCCCUCUUUUAUCAAAACAUCAACAGGCAGGUGAUUCGACUCCUCCUCCCCCUCCUCUCAUUCCUCUUCCUAAAAUCCAACAACAACAACAAGAUUUGUACCAAUCUUCUUCUUCCUCUAGGUUAGGACAACAACCUUUAUUAAACCCCACCAAUCAAUUUUCACAUGUACAACAACAGCCACCACAACCACAACCACAACCAAACAACAGAUCGUUGUCAUCAUCAUCUAGUUGGAAUUCUCAUUUCCCUUUGGAUCAUCAACAACCACAACCACAACAACAAUCUACUUUUUCACAAUAUAAAGAGGCACAACAACAACAACAACAACAACAACAACAAAAUAUUAUUUCCAACAACAACAACAAACGUAAUAAUCCAACCAUGACUAUUACAAAACAACAAACUUUACCAUACCCCAAUGAACAUAUUUUACAUCAACACCAACAACAACCUAUUCAAACAGGUAAUAGUUACCCUUCACAUCAUCAUUUCCAACCCUAUUUAUUUCCAAAUACCAAUGUUAAUCUUGCCUCGUCAUCGCCAGCCGGCUCUUUAUUGUCCCACCAUCACGAUGAAUCUACAUGGAUGCCGUCGACAUUUGACAUUGAUCAACUCGAUCAACAAAUUCGACAAUUGCACCAUCUCAAAAAGGUGUUGGAAGAUUAUCAACACCAAAAACCGCAGCAACAACAACAACUGCAGCAGCAACAACAACCGCAGCAACACACCAUUCAUCAUCAUAUACUCUAUGGAGGCGGCUCGGCCAUCUCUUCUUCGACUUCACCUCCCCAUAUUGAGGAGCUUUUUGACCCCUAUUUAAUCCACCGACAACAACAACAACAGCAAUCCACCUCUUCACCUUCAUCUCCACCUUUAUCCAAUUCUGCACAUACACCUCAGCAAUCCUCUCCAACACUUCAAUCUCAACAACAUAUAUUUACUCCUAGAUUUAGACAACAACAACAACAACAUGGAUAUUCUAAUAAUAAUAAUUCCAAUAACAUUAACAAUAUCAACAAUAACAAUACUCAACAACAAUAUUUACAACCAGACCAAACAUUGACUAAUACGACAACUUUGAGAACCAAUUUCUCUAGAGGACAACCACCUACUACAACUGUAGUAUCCAAUAAUCCAAUUGGCUAUUUUUCACCUACUACUUUGAUGGCUUCAUCAUUGCAACAACAACAACAACAACAACAGCAACAACAUCAUCACCAACUAUUACAACAACAACAAUCCUCUUCUGUUCCAUCUUUGCAACAGAUUUACCAACAACAACCUCAACAACAACAACAACAACAAAAACGAACCCACAAACAACAGAGAUUUACACAACAAUCCACACCACCACCAUCUUAG